AUGUCUACAGCGACUCACAGCGACUCAUUGCGCGCCCGGUCUCCCUCAAGUUCUUAUACCCCUCCCCCCGAUUCUUCUCCCGCUCCUGAGCCUCCUUCGCAGCUGCGAUCAUCUGCCAGAACGAAGUUACGCCCAAAGGCCGGGACACAUCACAAGAGCAGGACAUCCAUAUCUUACCUAAAAUCAUCGCCUCUGAAAUCCAGUAUAACAACACGUAGCAGACACUUUGCGAAGAGCAAGGUGGGAAACGCGAACCUUCCUGACUACCGCAAGGAUCUUGGAGACGAUAUGAAGGAUAUCCUUCAGGAGUAUGAAGUUAACGCAUUCGUUGAGCGCAAUGCACCCGGAGAUGACCCUACCGACGAUGAGAAGAACAAGUUUCGUCCGUUCUCCCGGGAAAAGCUACUAUCAGGAGAAUCGGAGAUGGGGAAAGAGGUCGUGAGUGUUGAGCCCGUUCUUUUGUCCAGUCGCAUAUAG